AUGGUGUCGAAACCCACCCGGCAGGUGCGGAAAGGCUCCCUUCCUUUUGCGCCCUCUCUGCCCUCUUCCCAGCAGCUCCGGAGAGGCAGCGCCCAGCAGGCGUCUCUGCACUCGGUAGGCGACCCGCUGCCCGAGCACUCCCCGUCUUUCCCACGAAGGGAAGAAGUCGCUGUAGGAGGCGGGCCAGUCUCCGCCAGCUCCCUGAUUGUUUUCCCCAGUACCGGGGCGGGGAAGGCUUUUAAAACAAAACACAAAACAGGAUCUCAGGCUCGGGCGCUGGCCGAGGGAGCCGGAAAGCGGCUGGGUUUGGAGGCGGCGCCCCCUACACCCCACGGCGGCCCGGGGGUGGCACCUGAACGCCUGCAGGUCUGGCUGCAGGACUGGGGCCGCCGCGCGCGGCGAGGUCCUGGUGCCCUCUGGCGGGGUCCGCGGAGGAGCCCGCACCGCGUGGGGCUGGGCGACGUUUCGCAGGCCAGUGGGAUGUGCCCUGGGGCCUUCACCUGUGGCUCCGGUUACGAGCGCAUAGGCUCGGCCACUUCUGACCUUCAGGCUCAAAACUGUCGAUGGUGUGCUUCUCCGAGUCGAAAUAAACAGACACGUAAGACACCUCCCGCGGUAGUUCUGAGGGCUGCCAAGUGUGAGACAAGCGGGCCUGGGUCCCAAGACUUCCGUUGUGCGGAUUUAGCUAUUUAG